CUCUUGGAAAGGUAGUUACAGAACAGUACUGUACCAGUUAUACAUCAGGGUCGUAGAAGGGCUCAAACCAUGGGAUAGCUGCUUGCAGACAAAAUAGAAUCACGUUGUCCUCACUAGUAUUUUUUGUGAAAACUCUAAGAACCAACUCAGCUGACAUCAUGGAUAAAAGGUGUUAUGGCUGUGCAUCAAAGUUUACUGUCUUCAAGAAACAGUAUGGUUGCAAGAGUUGUGGUCGAGGAUUUUGCUCAAGCUGCCUUGGAUUCAGUGCCACUGUUCCUCGUUGUGGGGAUACUCAGCAGAAGGUUUGCAAGCAGUGUUAUGGAGAGUUAACAAGUCCACCAUCUCAGUCAAAUUCAGCUAGAUGGUCUCCACCAGAGAACUAUAAGAAGCGGAUUGCAGCUCUUGAAGCUAAGCAGAACCAGACGCAGAGUCCUCAGAAGGGCUUGGUGAAAUCUCAGAGUCAGACAGACUCCAGAUAUCGAGGGUUAUCAAAAGAGGAUAAGAUUCUAGCAGAGAGACUGGAGAGACUCAAGAAGGCAGCAAGGCCUAAGUCUAUUCCAUCCCAGGCGGAGAUAGAAUCUAGGCUGGCGGCACUGAAAGCAGACUCUGGAAGAGCCAUUCCGACAACCCAAGAGAUGGAAGACCGUUUGGCAGCCUUGCAAGGCAGAACACUUCCAUCUGCAGCCCCCAGACCCGUACACCAGGUCUCCAGCAGCAAGACUCAAGUGGAGCAGUCAGAUGACUUGCUGAACCAGAUGGCUGAAGAAGUUGCCAUUGAUGAGAGUGGAGGCUUCACAAUUACAUCUCAAGAAGUGAGGACACAGAACUGGAAUGAUUUGAAUCAAACAGAUGCCACUGCAGGCAUUUCCGAUCUGUCUCUCAGGCAGUUGGAGGAGGAGAAAACGAAACUAUUGGCACAGGCGGCGGCUGAACUCAGGGAAGAAAACACCAGGGAGGAAAAGAUUUUGGAAGUGGCCAAGCGAUUGGCAGUUUUGAAAGGCAAAGAUCCCGAGACAGUUACUUUGGAUGAUUACAAACUCCCCAAUAGUGAUGAAGAAGAGGAGGAAGCCAUCCAGAGAGUUUUGAAACAGCUUACUGAAGAAGCAGCUUUGGAUGAAGCAAGCGGCUUCAAUAUUUCCCCAAAUCAGUCUGCAACUGUGCUGUCGAAUUCCACUAAGAAAACCAAGGCACAAGCUCCAGUUGUUGCUAAACAUCUAAUCUGGCCUGCCAGAACAUCGAACAGCGAUGAAGAAGAAUUACCCUGGUGCUGUAUCUGCAAUGAAGAUGCCAGUGUGCGCUGCCACAGCUGUGAUGAUGACCUCUAUUGUCAGCGCUGCUUCAGGGAAAGCCACGAUGAGUAUGAUUGGAAGGAGCACAGAACAUCUGGCUAUCGUCCUCCCCGCCAGCAAAAAUGAGCCCAAAGAGCAGGAUGGGAAAGGUUUGAAAAAGGCAUUGGCCAGAAAUGUUUUCCACUGGGCAUCAGCUGGGCAUAAAAAUCAAAUUCUGGAUACCGAGGAAAGAGAAACCUAUACUUGGCAAGAACAAGAAGUUGCAAUGAAAUUAAAUGAGACACUGAAGCUGGUUUGUUUUGUGAAUAAGCCAUGGAGAAUGAUACGGUUAAAUAGGAAGGUUGUGCUCCUGAGGACUA